UCAUCAAGAACCCAACCCUCACAACAGCCAUGACCGACUCUGGCAAAGUCUACCACCGCUCAUGCACCGGACUAGCUCUCCAAACCGUCGAACAACAUGUUCAAGACCAAGACAUCACCCUCUUCGCAACCUGUUUUUCCCCACCCGUGCAACGUGUAUGGUCUGCGCUCGAAUAUCUCGAGAUUCCUUACAAAGUGAGAGAAUCUUGCUGUACUUGAAUGAAGGGCAGACUGAUCGAGGGUGAU